AUGUGCCGACAACCAUGGAAAAAGAAGAAAUAUUGUUGGGAGUGGAAAUGGGAAGGCUUGAAAUUGAACCGGACAAGUGAUCAAAGUUUAGUCACAGAAGUUGACAAUGAACGUAAGUGGUGGAAGAAUGACAUAGUAAGUUCACAGGAGACCAAGGAACCCAAAGCACAGAGUAGUCGGUCUGGAACCUGCUCUCAGCAAGCUCUUAAUCCUCCCUGUGAUGUCACUAUUGAUGAACUAGCAAGUUAUUUUGAAACAUUGGUUCAUAUACCAAAGAAGAUGUCAUCCAUGGCUGAAAUGAUGUAUAUCUAA